AGAAUACAGUGACGCAAAACAUUAUUGAACAUUGUUUAAUAUAAAGUUUUGGCUCCAUCGUAACGUACCAUCAGUUGAGUGAAACGUUCUACUAUAAAAUGAGCUUGAAAGUACUUGUCGUAGUUGGUCUAGUGAUUCCAGCCAUCACCGCUCUUAAAUAUACCAACGAAAGUAGGAAAUCCAUUGACAAUGUGUAUAAUCAAUGCUGGGACGUAGUGAAAGACUAUCCUGCGCCAACAUUAGAGAUGGCUAACAAUCUGAUGAAAUCAUUUGAGGUUUACACACUUCGAUUGGGAGAUCUUGCUAAUUAUGAAAACAGUACGAUCCUGUCCAGUUCAGCAGCUAUGAUGUUAAAUACUUUGGGUUUGCUGGAACCGUUAAAAGAUACCCCGCAGAAUUUGUUGGUUCAAUUCAAAAAAGUUCUACCGAAAGUAUCGCUCGGAUUAAGGCAAAUUGUAUCGAUGCAACAGAGUAACAUUGGUAAACUUACGGACACCAUUAACGACGAUAUUAAAUGUCUUGAAUUGUCAGUAAUGCGAAUCUUAAACGAUUUUUUAAGGAACGGCAUUGACAAUCUUUCCCUUGGUAAAAAAACUGAUUUUGAACCGGUGAUGAAGUGUCUCCAAAAUCUCACAAAUAAAAUAGCGCAGAUCUCACAAGCAGCACUAAAUGAUGCCAGUUUAUCCACCGAAAGUGUUGAUGAAUCUAUCUUAAUUUUGGCUAUAAUUUUAUCCCAUUGUUACGUUUUUGUUCAAGGCACUGAGUCAACUAUUGCUGCUAUAAUCCAUUCGGAAAAGAAAAAAACACCCCCGACACUGAACUCAUGCUUAUAUUCUGUAGAUGCUCUGAUUGUACGUCUUACAAAAUCAAUUCAAUCAAUUACCGAAGUUUGUGCUUUCACGUUACGAACACUGUUGAAAAGCCUUGUUUCAUUGAAUGAUUUUCUCAACGCAACUUUGAAGAAUGUUUUUGGACUCACUGCGGGUGCAAUUUUAACGGUCCAAAAAAUUACUGAAGGUUUGUCGUCUGGUGUUUCAAGUAUAACACAGGGAUUGAAUAAGUUGGGUUAAUGAAAAAUAUACUUACUUUGAAUGAUAUUUUGUAUUCAUUAGUUUCCAAUUCAAGAAUAGGAAUAAAUUGGAUAUGAGUGAUUGAAA